GCCUAGCUGAAUCAGCAAUUAGGCGUUACGUUCUUGCGCUUUCCGCCUGCACGGACCACCGGCAGAAAAAAAGUGAAAGUAAGUUGCGCAUCGAAAAAGAAUUCCGAUCGGCUCUAUCGCUUCCACCCGCUCCAAUCGAUUGUGCAUAGUGCAAGAAGUCCUGCUGCGCGGAGCUUCAGCUGAUUUUACGGAGUUAUGUCGUCCUUUUUCACUUUGCCCGCGUCCCAGCGGAAGCGCAAGAGGGAAGACCGCGCCGGAGCCCCCGCGUCGAAGAAACGAGGUGUUGAUGGAGGUAGAGGUUCAGGCGCCAAGGGUUCCAGCAGGGCAAGGGAACGGGAUCAAUCCGUCUCGAGUAGUGAUUUGGACGACGAUGAUAACGAUGAUGAGAGCAUCGUAUCUGGAGUCUCGGGGGAAGAGAGUGGUUCGGAAUCCGAUGAUGGAGAGACAGCCGCAGACCGGAGGUUAAAGCUCGCGGAAAGAUACCUAGACAAUGUCCGAGACGAGGUAGAUGACUAUGGGUUUGAUGCCGCAGAGAUCGAUCGAGAUCUAAUUGCAGAGAGAUUGAAAGAGGAUGUGGAUGAAUUCAAAGGGCGUACAUAUCGUCAAAUAGCCUCAGACCUGUCGUUUUCGGCAGCAUCACAUUCAUUUUUCCGGGCAGACACUCAAUCAACAACGUCCAUUGCUGUCCAUUCACCAUAUGUUUUCACGGUUUCGAAAGAUAAAACGUUAAUCAAAUGGGAACUCGCCACCCCCAGUCAUGCGACCACAGAUUCUUCGACCAACGAACGGAAUAGCUCAUCGAAACGCUCCCCGAGACCGCAGCGGAAAAAGCCGAAACAGGUCAGAUUUGUGCGGGGCUUGCAAAAGAUUGCUGAGAGUAAUGAGGAGCAUGGUCACACUAAGAGUAUCUUGUCUGUGGCAGUAUCGCCAUCCGGGAAAUUUUUAGCCACUGGCGGAGCGGAUUGGAAGUUAAUAAUCUGGGAUGCCGCUACGUUGACCCCUUUGCAGACGUUUACACAGCACCGUGAUUCGGUCAGCGGGCUUGCCUUUGCUCGUCAUAUCUCGACUAUGAGUUCCGGUGAACAACUGUUCUCUGGCUCGUUCGAUCGGACCAUCAAAACUUGGUCUCUGAGCUCCGCAGGAAAUGCUUAUGUUGAGACAUUGUUCGGCCACCAGGACAGCAUCUCAUCUCUUGCUGCGAUGACAAUCGACCAAUGUGUCAGUGUUGGAGCUCGCGAUCGCACCGCCAGAUUGUGGAAGGUUGUUGAUGAGUCGCAACUCAUCUUCCGUGGUGGAUCUGCUAAGCACUCAUAUCAGGAAAACAACCUUGAUUGUGUGGCACCUUUGCCCCCUAAUCAUUUUGUUACCGGCUCAGACUCGGGUGCCAUCUCGCUUUGGUCCGUCCAUAAGAAAAAGCCCCUUCACACAAUAACUCUUGCCCACGGUCUCGACCCUUUACCUCCACUCGAUGAGCUAUCUUCAGAAGUCGAUCCGAAUACCGCCGCGUCAAACGCCCGUCACAUGCGGCGCAACCCUCGCUGGAUUACCGCCUUGGCUACGGUCCCAGGUACAGACAUUGUCCUUAGCGGUAGCUGGGAUGGUUGGAUUCGCGCGUGGAAGAUCUCAGAAGAUAAGAAAACGAUCAUCCCACUAGGACCCGUUGGCGGAGCAUCACUAGGACCGGAUACCCCUUCACAGCAGUUGAAACAGUCCCUAGCCUUCGACAACCCAGUCGACUCCGAUCGGAUGGCUGUCGACGGACCUCGGGAACAAAAGUUGGACGAGAUCAAAGAAGAGGCCGAACCCCUCGUCAAGGGUGUCAUCAACGGUAUUGCCGUUUUCGAACGCCGUGCGGAGACCAGCACCUCCGGUCAAUCUAAGCCUAAGUCGAAAUCCUCCGAACCAGAGCCCCGAGGUCUUUGCAUUGUUGCAGCGGUGGGCAAGGAACACCGCCUCGGCCGCUGGAAAUGCUUCACGAAUAAUUUCCACGAGGGAUCUACACCUGACGGCCGAAAUGGCGCCGUGGUGUUCGAAGUCCCUUUCAUCAAUAAUAACCCCCAGUCUAAGUGAGGCGUAUUUGUGCUAUG